CACAGAUCCGCAAAAAUGCCAGGAACCCCCAAACAUGACGCCCUAGAUAGCCUCAUCCACUCCCAAACACCGCUGAUGGCACAGGACAACUCCUUAGAAUUAGGACUAGAAAUAAAAAUGACGAAAAAACGUGAAGAAUCUUCCAAAAUGCGCGAUAGGAUUUUGAAGGUUCUUAGAACGAAUCUUCUAAUCAUCCUCAUGAUCAUCGCAGUCAUCAUCGGGCUCGGUCUUGGGUUUGGUCUCCGAAGCGUUUGGACUCCGUAUGAAACAAGAAAAAUCUUUUACCUCCGUUUCCCAGGAGAUCUCCUCAUGAAUAUGCUAAAAAUGCUGAUUCUUCCUCUUAUUGUUUCGAGCCUCAUCACCGCUAUGGGAAGUCUCGACACCAAUGCUUCCGGUCGUAUGGGCCUGCGCACAGUGGUGUACUACAUGACGACGACAUUCGCCGCCGUGAUUCUAGGAAUUAUUCUAGUGAUGACGAUAGAGCCAGGAAAGAAGGGUAGCAAGGAUAUCACUAAAUCAGGCAAACCCAAAGAAGCAGAGCCUCUAGACGCCCUCUUUGACCUGAUACGAAACUGCUUUCCAGAUAACCUUAUAGAGAGCGCUUUCCAGAAGCAAGUGACAACGGUUGGAAGCAGGACAGUGACCAAAACAACCUUUAACCCCCUGACGAACUCCUCCAGCAAUCUAACGGAGACUUUAUUGGACUUGGUAACGAAUCUGACCGGAAACGGAAAUAUGACAGGGUCGAACACCACGGACGUAGUGGACUUGGCAACGAAUCUGACCGGAAACGGAAAUAUGACAGGGUCGAACACCACGGACAACGGUACAACUAGUUUUGAGGUAGAAACACUGAGUGUGACAAAAGCGUCGGGAAUGAAUAUUCUAGGAAUUGUCGUGUUCUCGUUGUUUUUGGGAGGGGUCCUUUCCAAAAUGGGAGAAGAUGGUGCCCCUUUGGUCAAGUUCUUUGAAUGCCUUCACGUAGCAACAAUGAAGUUGGUUACACUCGUUAUAUGGUACUCUCCGGUGGGAAUAAUUUUCCUGAUCGCUGCUAAGUUGGUGGAGAUGGAAGACCUGGCUACAAUGUUUGAACAGCUAGCUUACUACAUGGUAACCGUCCUGGCCGGUCUGUUUAUCCAUGCCUUUAUCUUACUACCCAUUAUAUACGCCGUGUUCACAAGGAAAAACCCGUUCUCGUUCAUGUUAGGCAUGACCAAAGCUAUUCUUACAGCAUGGGGAACGGCCUCAAGUUCUGCUACCCUACCACUGACCAUGCGGUGUCUGGAGGAGAACAAUGAGGUGGACCCCCGUGUGACCAUGUUUGUGACCCCCAUAGGCGCCACCAUCAACAUGGACGGCACGGCGCUAUAUGAGGCUGUGGCAUCCAUCUUCAUUGCUCAAUAUAUAGGCGUGUCACUCGGUAUAGGGGAAGUCAUAGUGGUCAGUCUGACAGCAACAGCUGCUGCCAUUGGUGCUGCGGGCGUCCCACAAGCUGGUCUGGUUACCAUGACGAUUGUCUUGACGGCGGUCGGUCUUCCAAUUAAUGAGAUCACACUCAUUUUGUCCAUUGACUGGUUUUUGGACCGGUUCAGGACGGCAGUAAAUGUGUUGGGGGAUUCUUACGGGGCAGGGAUCGUGGAGCACCUGUCUCGGAAUGACAUCUUAAAGCCCCUGGAGUACCAAGUGGAACUUUCCAAUAAACAGGAGAAAAAUGGGAUCCACCCCCCUCAGCUCACUGAUGAUAAUUGUGAUACUAAAAUGUGAUUGAUCAGAAUCUGUGAAAUCCAGAGUUGUAGAACCAGAGUAAAUUGUUUGUGGGAUUUUUCCCCAAACUAGGAACUUUGCUCUUAGAUCAAAUUCCCAGUGUCUGCUCAGUUCCUUUGCUCUCCAUUAUUCAUAGCUCCGGAAAAGCAGGACUCAUACGAGAACUUUCCAUAUCAGAUAUUGUUUUCAAUAUUUUGAUGAAGUUUAUCAACAUCUUAUCGACACUUUUAAUGAGCAGAAUAUUUUAGAUUUGUUACUUUUCAUUGUUUUUAUUUAGCUACUAAUUAUCAGUUGUGAUCUUGUUUUGCUUAUUCUUUUUUUAUUUAUAUACAUUUUUUUAAAUCAAUAAAUAAUAUUAAACA